AUGCCAGCCCAGUCACUUUUGCAGCUAGCGACGGCGACUGCGGUCAAAAACGUAAGAGUUUUAAGUGAUAUUGGAGCCCUACCCUACGCCGUUGCUCGCCCCAUCCUUAUGAAGAUUGAUAGCCCGGAGAAACUACAUUCUAUGGAAUUGCUAUCGCCGCAUAUCGCCGAAGAAGACAAGGAAGUAUGGAUGGAGUUGAUCAAACGAGACAUUCCUCAGUGGGACCGAUACGAACUUCCAGAGCAAACAAACAAAUGGUACGAGGUAUACUGUGACCUCCGUGAGGACGUCCAACGAUCUUUGGACGCGGAUGCGGCAGAGAUGAAAAGGGCUAUCGACGGCAUCAAAUCAGAGCGGGCGCGAUUGACGCCAAAGAUUAUAUCGGGUCCCCGAAUGAAGCCAAAUUUCCGACAGCGACUCAACUAUGAUCGUAGAAUGGGUGGCACUUCGUCAUUCAGCAGAGACAGUCGGUCGGACUUCUCAAAGAAGAAGUCCAUAUUUGCUCCUCAGCGACGAAAUAAUGCUCUGGCGGUUCCAACCAAGCAUUUGAGCAACCGUGCUUCGCAAAUUAAGCAGGCACCGCGAGGCCUCAUCGAGGAGCAUCGCCGUCCAGCGGAACAGCCUGCCGCUACCCGACGCAGUGAACAAAGCGCUCGGCUCCCACAUCCCCCCAGCCUGGGCGCAAAGAGCUCCUCGCUGGCUGAGCGGGAAGCAAGGCUCCGAGCUAUCGCGGCUGGUAAGCCUCCGCCGCCGCAGAGCUCUCCAGAUGGCCGCAAAGUACCGGCACCCGCAACAUCAGGUGAUCCUCCUAUCAAGAAAAUCCCCCUCAAGCGUUCUGCCGCGUCUCCUCCCCGUCUAACGCGGGGUCUGAGGCGAAAAGUCCUCCGUCGUCGUCAUCGCGUGCGGAGCCAGCACCCUCCAGUUCGGCCACAUCCCCAAAGCCGCCACGUCCAGCUGUCGUUCCUUGGGGUGUAA